AUGCACAUAGAACAAGUUGAUGGAGAUUGGACAGACUGGUCAGAUUGGAGUGCUUGUUCUGUUUCAUGUGGGAAAGGAGGAACUAAAUCUAAGUCUAGAACAUGUACCAAUCCUGCUAAAAAGGGGACUGGUGCUGAUUGUAUUGGAGAAAAUAUUGAAACAGUGGCUUGUGAAGGGUAUCUUUGUCAAGCCGGUAAAUGUGUGGUACAAUCAUGUGAAAGUUGGCAGUAUUCCAAGAAGGAAUGUUCAGUGACUGGUAUGAUAGCUGAUAGUAUGAUUUACUCAAUGGAACCAGAUAAUUUACCUGCUUGGAUGAAGUAUUUGUGUUCUGUUGAACAUUAUGGUUUCACCCCUCGUCAAGGAAUCUGGGUAACUCAGGGCUGCAGAGCUGAUUUCAGUGUUUGCUUUAUUGAAGAAUACAAUGAUUGUACAUCUAGUCCCUGUCAGAAUGGAGGAACAUGUCAUGAUGGUGAAGCCAGCUACACAUGUACCUGUCCUGGUCCAUAUGAGGGAACCAACUGUGAAAAUAAGGUUCCAUGUUCAUCUCCUGGAGAUGUCUUACAUGCCACUAAGACCGUUGCUGGAUUAGCUGUUGGUCAGACUGUCAAAUAUGAAUGUGAAUUUGGUUAUGCGCUCACUACUGGAGAUUCAGUGUUGACCUGUGAACUUGGACCUCAUUGGGAUGGAACAAUGCCCUCAUGUAAAAUUAUUGAAUGUACAGUUUCUGGAUACAAUGAGUUUACUAUACCAUCAGUAACUGAAACUAUUGUACCAACAACUGAAGUCUCGUUUGUAUGUAAACCUGGUUACCAGUUGCCUGAUGGGGAUUCAGGAACCAGAACAUGUCAGAAAGGUGGAACAAUGUCUGCCAACCCACCUGCUUGUAAAGAUAUCAACGAAUGCCUGGCUAAUCCAUGUAAACACGGAGCUACAUGUCAUAAUGAAGUGAAUGCUUACAGUUGUACAUGUAUGCCUGGGUACCAAGGAACAAAUUGUGAAUCAGAAAUACCAUGUUCAACACCAGAAAGUGUCUUGCAUACCAUUAAAAGUGUCUCUGGAUUAGCUGUUGGUCAGACUGUAACAUAUACAUGUGACUUUGGUUAUGCCCAUACAAGUGGUGAUUCUGUGUUAACUUGUGAAGUGGGACCGUCCUGGCGAGGAAUUGUACCAACAUGUUCAAUUACAAAGUGUACAGCUCCUAGAUUAAACCAAUAUACAAUUACAUCAACUAAUACUGAUGUUGUGCCAAGUACAGAAGUGACGUACACAUGUGAAUUUGGUUACCAGUUACCAGCUGGAGAUUUGGGAACCAGAACAUGUCAGCUUGGUGGUACAUGGCCAGCACCUGCACCAGCAUGUGAAGUUAUAAAAUGUGCUGCUCCUGGAUUAAACCAAUAUACAAUUACAUCAACUAAUACUGAUGUUGUGCCAAGUACAGAAGUGACAUACACAUGUGAAUUUGGUUACCAGUUACCAGCUGGAGAUUUGGGAACCAGAAUAUGUCAGCUUGGUGGUACAUGGCCAGCACCUGCACCAGCAUGUGAAGUUAUAAAAUGUGCUGCUCCUGGAUUAAACCAAUAUACAAUUACAUCAACUAAUACUGAUGUUGUGCCAAGUACAGAAGUGACAUACACAUGUGAAUUUGGUUACCAGUUACCAGCUGGAGAUUUGGGAACCAGAAUAUGUCAGCUUGGUGGUACAUGGCCAGCACCUGCACCAGCAUGUGAAGUUAUAAAAUGUACAGCCCAUGGAUUAAACGAAUAUACAAUUACAUCAACUAAUACUGAUGUUGUGCCAAGUACAGAAGUGACAUACACAUGUAAAUUUGGUUACCAGUUACCAGCUGGAGAUUUGGGAACUAGAAUAUGUCAGCUUGGUGGUACAUGGCCAGCACCACCAGCAUGUGAAGUCACAAAGUGUACAGCUCCUGGAUUAAACGAAUUUACAAUUACAUCAACUAAUACUGAUGUUGUGCCAAGUACAGAAGUGACAUACACAUGUGAAUUCGGUUACCAGUUACCAGCUGGAGAUGUGGGAACGAGAAUAUGUCAGCUUGGUGGUACAUGGCCAGCACCUGCACCAGCAUGUGAAGUUACAAAAUGUACAGCUCCUGGAUUAAACGAAUAUACAAUUACAUCCACUAAUACUGAUGUUGUGCCAAGUACAGAAGUGACAUACACAUGUGAAUUUGGUUACCAGUUACCAGCUGGAGAUUUGGGAACCAGAAUAUGUCAGCUUGGUGGUACAUGGCCAGCACCUCCACCAGCAUGUGAAGUUACAAAGUGUACAGCUCCUGGAUUAAACGAAUUUACAAUUACAUCAACUAUUACUAAUGUUGUGCCAAGUACAGAAGUGACAUACACAUGUGAAUUUGGUUACCAGUUACCAGCUGGAGAUUUGGGAACAAGAAUAUGUCAGCUUGGUGGUACAUGGCCAGCACCUGCACCAGCAUGUGAAGUUACAAAAUGUACAGCUCCUGGAUUAAACGAAUAUACAAUUACAUCUACUAAUACUGAUGUUGUGCCAAGUACAGAAGUGACAUACACAUGUGAAUUUGGUUACCAGUUACCAGCUGGAGAUUUGGGAACCAGAAAAUGUCAGCUUGGUGGUACAUGGCCAGCACCUCCACCAGCAUGUGAAGUCACAAAGUGUACAGCUCCUGGAUUAAACGAAUUUACAAUUACAUCCACUAAUACUGAUGUUGUGCCAAGUACAGAAGUGACAUACACAUGUGAAUUCGGUUACCAGUUACCAGCUGGAGAUUUGGGAACCAGAAUAUGUCAGCUUGGUGGUACAUGGCCAGCACCUCCACCAGCAUGUGAAGUCACAAAGUGUACAGCUCCAGGAUUAAACGAAUAUACAAUUACAUCCACUAAUACUGAUGUUGUGCCAAGUACAGAAGUGACAUACACAUGUGAAUUUGGUUACCAGUUACCAGCUGGAGAUUUGGGAACCAGAAUAUGUCAGCUUGGUGGUACAUGGCCAGCACCUCCACCAGCAUGUGAAGUCACAAAGUGUACAGCUCCUGGAUUAAACGAAUUUACAAUUACAUCCACUAAUACUGAUGUUGUGCCAAGUACAGAAGUGACAUACACAUGUGAAUUCGGUUACCAGUUACCAGCUGGAGAUUUGGGAACCAGAAUAUGUCAGCUUGGUGGUACAUGGCCAGCACCUCCACCAGCAUGUGAAGUCACAAAGUGUAAAGCUCCUGGAUUAAACGAAUUUACAAUUACAUCCACUAAUACUGAUGUUGUGCCAAGUACAGAAGUGACAUACACAUGUGAAUUCGGUUACCAGUUACCAGCUGGAGAUUUGGGAACCAGAAUAUGUCAGCUUGGUGGUACAUGGCCAGCACCUCCACCAGCAUGUGAAGUCACAAAGUGUACAGCUCCUGGAUUAAACGAAUUUACAAUUACAUCCACUAAUACUGAUGUUGCGCCAAGUACAGAAGUGACAUACACAUGUGAAUUUGGUUACCAGUUACCAGCUGGAGAUUUGGGAACCAGAAUAUGUCAGCUUGGUGGUACAUGGCCAGCACCUCCACCAGCAUGUGAAGUCACAAAGUGUACAGCUCCUAGAUUAAACGAAUUUACAAUUACAUCCACUAAUACUGAUGUUGUGCCAAGUACAGAAGUGACAUACACAUGUGAAUUUGGUUACCAGUUACCAGCUGGAGAUUUGGGAACCAGAAUAUGUCAGCUUGGUGGUACAUGGCCAGCACCACCAGCAUGUGAAGUCACAAAGUGUUCAGCUCCUGGAUUAAACGAAUUUACAAUUACAUCCACUAAUACUGAUGUUGUGCCAAGUACAGAAGUGACAUACACAUGUGAAUUUGGUUACCAGUUACCAGCUGGAGAUUUGGGAACCAGAAUAUGUCAGCUUGGUGGUACAUGGCCAGCACCACCAGCAUGUGAAGUCACAAAGUGUUCAGCUCCUGGAUUAAACGAAUUUACAAUUACAUCCACUAAUACUGAUGUUGUGCCAAGUACAGAAGUGACAUACACAUGUGAAUUUGGUUACCAGUUACCAGCUGGAGAUUUGGGAACCAGAAUAUGUCAGCUUGGUGGUACAUGGCCAGCACCUCCACCAGCAUGUGAAGUCACAAAGUGUACAGCUCCUAGAUUAAACGAAUUUACAAUUACAUCCACUAAUACUGAUGUUGUGCCAAGUACAGAAGUGACAUACACAUGUGAAUUUGGUUACCAGUUACCAGCUGGAGAUUUGGGAACCAGAAUAUGUCAGCUUGGUGGUACAUGGCCAGCACCACCAGCAUGUGAAGUCACAAAGUGUUCAGCUCCUGGAUUAAACGAAUUUACAAUUACAUCCACUAAUACUGAUGUUGUGCCAAGUACAGAAGUGACAUACACAUGUGAAUUUGGUUACCAGUUACCAGCUGGAGAUUUGGGAACCAGAAUAUGUCAGCUUGGUGGUACAUGGCCAGCACCACCAGCAUGUGAAGUCACAAAGUGUUCAGCUCCUGGAUUAAACGAAUUUACAAUUACAUCCACUAAUACUGAUGUUGUGCCAAGUACAGAAGUGACAUACACAUGUGAAUUUGGUUACCAGUUACCAGCUGGAGAUUUGGGAACCAGAAUAUGUCAGCUUGGUGGUACAUGGCCAGCACCUCCACCAGCAUGUGAAGUCACAAAGUGUACAGCUCCUGGAUUAAACGAAUAUACAAUUAUAUCCACUAAUACUGAUGUUGUGCCAAGUACAGAAGUGACAUACACAUGUGAAUUUGGUUACCAGUUACCAGCUGGAGAUUUGGGAACCAGAAUAUGUCAGCUUGGUGGUACAUGGCCAGCACCUCCACCAGCAUGUGAAGUCACAAAGUGUACAGCUCCUGGAUUAAACGAAUUUACAAUUACAUCCACUAAUACUGAUGUUGUGCCAAGUACAGAAGUGACAUUCACAUGUGAAUUCGGUUACCAGUUACCAGCUGGAGAUUUGGGAACCAGAAUAUGUCAGCUUGGUGGUACAUGGCCAGCACCACCAGCAUGUGAAGUCACAAAGUGUUCAGCUCCUGGAUUAAACGAAUUUACAAUUACAUCAACCACUGAUGCUGUAGUACCAGAUACAGAGGUAUCAUACACAUGUCAACCUGGUUACCAGUUACCAGCUGGAGAUUUGGGAACCAGAAUAUGUCAGCUUGGUGGUACAUGGCCAGCACCUGCACCAGCAUGUGAAGUUACAAAAUGUACAGCUCCUGGAUUAAACGAAUUUACAAUCACUUCCACUAAUACUAAUGUUGUGCCAAGUACAGAAGUGACAUACACAUGUGUAUUUGGUUACCAGUUACCAGCUGGAGAUUUGGGAACCAGAAUAUGUCAGCUUGGUGGUACAUGGCCAGCACCUCCACCAGGAUGUGAAGUGAUUACAUGUGACAUAUCUGGAUAUAAUCAAUUCACAAUUCCAUCAACCACUGAUGCUGUAGUACCAGAUACAGAGGUAUCAUACACAUGUCAACCUGGUUACCAUUUACCAGUUGGAGAUUUGGGAACCAGAAUAUGUCAGCUUGGUGGUACAUGGCCAGCACCGCCACCAGGAUGUGAAGACAUUGAUGAGUGCUUGACAACUCCAUGUAAACACGGAGCUACAUGUCACAAUGAAGAAAAUGCUUACAGUUGUACAUGCAUGCCUGGAUAUCAAGGAACGAAUUGUGAAAUAAAUAUUGAUGAAUGUGCCUCUGUUGUUUGUCAGAAUGGAGCCACCUGUAAUGACCAGGUUAAUGGAUACACAUGUACUUGUGCCACAGGGUAUACAGACACACACUGUGAAACUGAAAUCCCAUGUCAGGAACCCCAGACUAUCACACAUUCAAGUGCUACAGUUAAUGGACAUGAGGUUGGUGAUUCAGUUGAAUACGAAUGUGAUUUUGGUUAUUUGCUUAGUGGAGAUUCUCUUCUGACCUGUGUUGUUGGACCAUCCUGGGAUGGAACUUUGCCAUCUUGUUCAAUAAUUGAAUGUGUGAAGCCGUCUGCUCCUGCUCAUGCUAGUUCUGGUGGUUCUGGCAAGCUGGGAGGCUUUGAUUUCAAUACCAAUACCAAUUCUGUACCUGGUCAGUCCAUCACAUACACCUGUAAUGUUGGCUAUGAAUUGACCGGUGGAGACCUGACCAGGAAUUGUGAACUGGGAGGUGGAUGGGAUGGACAGUCUCCAGUCUGUACAGAAAUUGAUGAAUGUGAAGGUAUAGUUUGUGAGAACAGUGGUACCUGUGUUGAUGGGUUCCUGUCUUAUCAUUGUGAAUGUACAGAACAUUUUGAAGGAACACAUUGUGAAACUAAUAAAGAUGAUUGUGUUGGAAAUGAUUGUGAGAACGGUGCUACAUGUGUGGACGGUCUGUCUUCAUAUACCUGUCACUGUGCUGAUGACUUUGAAGGAGAAUUCUGCGAAACUCAAAUUGAUGAUUGUGAAAACAACCAAUGUCUGAAUGGUGCUACAUGUGUAGAUGGUAUAAAUAGUUACACAUGUACCUGUCCAGAUUCACAUACUGGGGAACAUUGUGAAAUAGAUAUAGAUUUCUGUGACGGAGUAAGCUGUCUAAAUGGAGGUUCAUGUCAAGAUGGUCUGUUAACAUUCACAUGUAAUUGUGAUCAAACUACUGCAUAUUAUGGACUGUUCUGUCAAAAUCUUGAUGGAGCCUGGGAUGAAUGGAGUGACUGGUCCCAGUGUUCAGCUACCUGUGGUAGUGGAAUAGAGACAAGUACCAGAACCUGUACCAGUCCACCACCAGAAGGAGAGGGAAUCAUUUGCCAGGGAGAAAGCAUAAAGACGCAGCCAUGCAAUUUGUUGGACUGUAAAUGGCCAUCUGAUGCAAAUACAGAAUUCUGUACCGGCAAGGCUGCUGGUUCCUAUGCCAAUCCAGAAGACUGUACAAGUUACUAUAUAUGUAGAGAUGAUUUCACUGGUGCCCUGUUGGAAUACUGUAUGGAGGGAGAGAACUGGGAUGAUACCAGAAAACAAUGUGAUCCUAAUGCACCAUGUGACAGUGAAGACGUUGGAGACGCAGAUGUGGAUGGAGGAUGGUCAGACUGGUCAGCUGGAUCUUGCUCAGAAUCAUGUGGAACUGGAACCAAAGUUCUAACAAGAACUUGUACAAACCCCACCCCACGGAACAAUGGAGCUGACUGUGUAGGAGAAGGUUCAAAGACUGAACCAUGUGAAAGGAGUCUUUGUCAAGCUGGAGGUUGCCAAGAAGUAAGAUGUGAAAGCUGGCAGUAUGAUGAGGAAAAUUGUAAUGUUACUGGAAUGAUUCCUGACAGCUUGAUCUACUCUAUGGAAAUUAUCAAACGUUUAACUGGAGCACCAUGUGUGAAAAAUGAGACUUUCGGUUACAAUGAACGCAAAGAUAUCUGGGUAGAUAAUGGAUGUCAGGGCGACUUCCAAGUAUGCUUUAUUAGAGAGUACGAUGAUUGUUCACCAGGACCUUGUCUGAAUGGUGGUACUUGUACUGAUGGUAUCGCUGACUAUGACUGUACAUGUACUACAGGUUACUAUGGAGACAAUUGUGAGCAUGUGAGGGACAGCUGUUAUGGUGUGGAUUGUAAUGGUGGAACUUGUGUUGUGGAUUCACAGGAUGCCACACAGUAUAGUUGUCAAUGUCCAAAUGGUGCCACAGGUGAUCACUGUGAAGGCAUGGAUACUGGUGGAAUGUCUGCUGCUGGAAAUGUACAGAUCAGUAUCUUUGGAACUUUCCUAGCUGUUACCAUGGCAAUGAUAUGGAAUUUGAUCUAAUACGGACAAGUCAAUGGAAAUUUGAGAAUAAAUGCCACAUUCACAGACUUGUCUGCAAAAUAACAUGUACAUUGUAAUCAUAUAUACGUAUAUUUAUAAAUUUGCUG